AGACAAUGUAGGAAGGACAGAAAUUAAAGAAACCGGAACGUCUGAAAUGGAGAGAAUUCUAGGAGAAGACAGACUUGACCAGCUGAAGAACUUCUCCAACCAAGUGUUGAAGUCUGAAAAAGGAGGGCAGCUCAGUAAAGACUCAAGUUUGCAACUAUCGUUGGGUAGGUUUGACUCGAAGGUUGAACGGUCGAUCCUGCAUCAAGAGAUAAAGUCGAGAUAUCCACACCUAAAAACUACAUCCACAGACUGCCAGUUCUAUGUAGUACCGGACGACACCUACGGGGUGUUUUGUUCCUUACUAGACAGAAGAGUUGUAGAUAAUUUUAUGAGGUUUGUGAACAAGAGAGACUCCACGGAGGUGUUCAGGUUCCCGGAGUGUGGCUCCAAGGAGCGGAGGACUGAGCUACACAGGGCUGUGGCAAGGCAUUAUGGGUCCUUCCUUGAGACCAAGACAUUUGCAGAGGAGGGGGAGGGGAGUUUCAUUGUUGUACGUUUCAGGGAUAAGGGGAGGAAGAGGAAGGGUCGAGAUGGUGAUACACCUGUGACGUUCUAUACAGGUUUCACCCUGUGUAAGAGGAACCUGGAGACCCUUGAUGUGAUCCAGCGGCUCGCCAGGUGUGUUUCUGCUCACCCCUCCGACUUCAGCUACGCAGGUGUGAAGGACAAGCGUGCCGUCACUUGGCAGGCCAUGGCGGCCAGGGGAGUCACACCUGACAGCCUCCGCUCUGCCUCUGCCCACCCCAGCCUGAGGGAUGUACAGAUGGAGAAGUUCCUCCUCCGUCAGCAGCCUCUGCACCUUGGUAACCUGGCAGGGAACGUCUUCAAGGUGCUGCUGAGGGAUGUGAGGCUCUGCCAGGGGGAUACCAGGGACAGGAGGCAGCUGGAGGCUGUGGUGGGGGCUGCCAUGGACAGUGUGAAGGAGACAGGCUUCAUCAACUACUUUGGUCUGCAGAGGUUUGGGUCCGCAGACAGCAAGUCCUUCGCCCCCCAUGUUGGGCGAGCUCUACUCAAGGGGGAUAUGGUGAGUGAUGAGUUCAGAGAAAUCUUGCAUCCCUCUCGCUGUUUGUUUACCGUUCAGAGCGCGGCUGUCCGAUGUCUGCUGCACCCCGACCCCGCUGACGACCCUGUCAACGCGGCAAAGGCGUACUACAUGCGGACCGGAGACAUCCCAGGCACGCUGUCGCGGAUGCCUGCUCACAAGACGCGGGAGUGCCUGCUGCUGAAGGCGCUGCAUCGCCAUGGGAACGACCUUGAGGGUUGCACCAAGGCGUUCCUGAACGUGCCUCACGCCAUGCGGGCGCUCUUCGUGCACAGCUACUGCAGUUUGGUGUGGAACCGCAUGGUGUCCCACAGGAUCCGCACAUACGGCCGGCGGGCGGUGGAGGGGGACUUGGUGCUGGAGACGGACGCGGGGAACAGGAAGUUUCCCCACCAGGUAAAAACUCUGACCCAGACAGACGUGGAUCAAGGCAACUACUCCAUCCACGACGUCGUCCUCCCGUUGCUGGGCAACAGCAUCCAGUAUCCUAGCAACCGUGUGGGCGAGGAGUACGCACGGGCACUGCAGGAGGACGGGAUGGAGAGGAGCAGCUUCCGGAUGCGAGCGCUGAAACUGAACAUCCCCGGGGACUACCGCCACGUGACCGCCCGGCCAAAGGACUUGGCAUGGGAGCUGCUGAGAGAUGCCGAUCUUCAAGACGACUUAAGAUCUGCUGCUACAGAGGGAAAGUCCUUAAGAGGUGAAAGUCUCUCUCAGACAUCCGGUGGAGGUGUCGAGAGAUGUGACACGCGGCGGGGGGAGGGUUCAACGGCGAACGGCGCUGUGUCGCAGGAGACUCGAGGCACGGACGACGGCAGUUCCCACGGUGACAGCUUUCACGUGCGGACGCGGUUUGCGCUGGACCCCUCCUGCUACGCCACCAUGUUUCUGCGGGAGGUAAUGAACACAUGAUAUAGCAUGUCAGCGGGUCGGAGUCCCCAGGAUGUGGGGGACAGAACCCAUUAGUGAGGGUUAAACACAACAGACCAGCCUCAUGUGGUGCAGCUGAGGAUCAGGUGAACACAAACUUCCGUAGCUGCAGCUUUGAACUGUGGCCAUGCUGGCCGAAGUUUUGGCACCAAAAUGAUUGGUGCUGCUGAACUUUUACAGUGCAAAAACUUGGAUCUUAC